AUGCAGCAAAGCCAGCCGCUCCCGCACAUUGGCCAGCGCCAGGCCGUGGCCGCGCUCGCCGGCGCCGGCCGGGGUCGAGUUGGUGACCUUGAUCACCACGGUGCUGCCGCGCUUGAGGGUGGAAAUCCGCAGCUGCGCGCCGCUGGCGCUGGGCUCCACGCCGUGCUUGACGGCGUUCUCCACCAGCGGCUGCAGCAGCAGCGGCGGCAGCUUGGCCUGGUCGGCGUCGGCGUCCAGGCUCCACUGCACCUGCAGGCGCUCGCCGAAACGGACCUGCUCGAUGGCCAGGUAGCGCUGGGCCAGCAGGAUUUCCUGCCCCAGCGUGACGGAUUCGGCCGGGUCGGCCAGCGCGUGGCGGAACAAUUCGCUGAGGUCUUCCAGCACGGCUUCGGCCUUGGCCGGCUCGGCGCGCACCAGCGCAAUGGCGCUGUUGAGGGUGUUGAACAGGAAAUGGGGGCGUAUGCGCGACUGCAGCUCGGCCAGGCGCGCCGCCGUGGCCGCCGGCGUGCGCGCCUUGGCGCGCCAGAACAGGCCCGCCAGCAGCACGGCCGACAGCAGCGCACCCGCCGCCGCGCUGGCCUGCCAGGGCGGCCGCAGCAGCAGCCCCAUCACCGACAGCAGGCCGCAACCGUACAGGCCCGCGCCCGCGCCCAGCAGCACCCCGGCCGUCCAUUGCUGCCAGUUCCUGAGCCGGUUCAGCCGCGACUUGAGGGCGCAGGCCACGAUCAGCCAGGCCAGCGUGGCCGGCAGCACGCCGCCGGUCAGCAGGGCAAAGCGCAGCAGCCAUUGAAGGGGGUUGUCGGCGCCGAACAUGGCGGCCACGCCCACCACCGUUUCGGCGAACAGCACGGCCCGCAGCACCACGCCGACCUGGCAGGCGUCGAACAUGCUGGCGCGCGUGCCGCCGCUGCGCCGCGCGGGCUCCUCGUCGCUGGAGAUGACGCUGCCCAGCAGCGUGGAUUCCCCGAAAUUGUGCGGAUCUGGCGAAGGCUUCAUGGUGUGGCGGGAGCGGGCUCCCGGGCGGAUGAGAAACGGGUUCCUAGGCACAUGGAUAAAAUCACCGAGAUGCCGAGUAUUGCACCGGUCGCGCCCCUGUGGCGGCGCCGGGAAGACAAUCAGGGCCGCCGCCGGCCCGUGCUUGCCCAGAAUAGCGCAUCCGGCGCCCCGAAUCCACAGCCUGCCCGGUACAGCCGGCAAGCUGGCCGCUACCCUUAGAAAGCCCGACGUGAACCAAUUCGACAAAAAGUCCCAAGCCUGGUCUGCCCUGUUUUCCGAGCCCAUGAGCGACCUGGUCAAGCGCUACACGUCCAGCGUGUUCUUCGACAAGCGCCUGUGGCAGGCCGACAUCGCCGGCUCGCUGGCCCAUGCCGAGAUGCUGGCCGCGCAGAAAAUCAUUCCCGCCGCCGACUACGCCGACAUCCAGAAGGGCAUGGCGCAGAUCACCGCCGAAAUCGAGUCCGGCGCCUUUGAAUGGAAGCUUGACCUCGAGGACGUGCACUUCAACAUCGAGGCCCGCCUGACCCAGCUGGUCGGCGACGCCGGCAAGCGCCUGCACACCGGCCGCAGCCGCAACGACCAGGUCGCCACCGACGUGCGCCUGUGGCUGCGCGGCGAGAUCGACCUGAUAGGCGGGCUGCUCACCGACCUGCAAAAAGCCCUGGUCGACAUCGCCGAGAAAAACGCCGAGGUGAUCCUUCCCGGCUUCACCCACCUGCAGGUAGCCCAGCCCGUGAGCUUCGGCCACCACAUGCUGGCUUAUGUCGAGAUGUUCAGCCGCGACGCCGAGCGCAUGCAGGAGAUCAGGAAGCGCGUGAACCGCCUGCCGCUGGGCGCCGCCGCCUUGGCCGGCACCAGCUACCCGCUGGACCGCGAGCGCGCGGCCAAAACCCUGGGCAUGGUCGAUGAAAUGGGCAAGCCGCAGGUCUGCCAGAACAGCCUGGACGCGGUGAGCGACCGCGACUUCGCGAUCGAGUUCACGGCCGCCGCCUCGCUGGCCAUGGUGCACAUCAGCCGCAUGAGCGAAGAGCUGAUUUUGUGGAUGAGCCAGAACUUCGGCUUCAUCCACAUCCCCGACCGCUUCACCACCGGCUCGUCCAUCAUGCCGCAGAAGAAAAACCCCGACGUGCCCGAACUGGCGCGCGGCAAGACCGGCCGCGUGGUCGGCCACCUGAUGGGCCUGAUCACACUGAUGAAGGGCCAGCCCCUGGCCUACAACAAGGACAACCAGGAAGACAAGGAGCCGCUGUUCGACACCGUCGACACGCUCAAAGACACGCUGCGCAUCUUUGCCGAGAUGGUGGCCGGCAUCACCGUCAAGCCCGAAGCCAUGGAAAAAAGCCGCGCUGCGCGGCUACGCCACCGCCACCGACCUGGCCGACUACCUGGUGAAGAAGGGCCUGCCCUUCCGCGACGCCCACGAAACCGUGGCCCACGCCGUGAAGGCCGCCACCACGCACGCGGUCGACCUGUCCGAGCUGCCGCUGGCCGUGCUGCAGGAGUUCAACCCCAGCAUCGAAAAAGACGUCUACGACUGCUUGAGCCUGCGCGGCUCGCUGAACGCCCGCAACAUCCUGGGCGGCACCGCGCCGGCCCAGGUCAAGGCGCAGAUCGCGCGGCACCGGGCGCGGCUGGGCUGA